AUGGUAAUGUGGUGUCCUCGCGGGAGGGUCUCUGGCCGCCUAAUCCCUGAGCCCCGGGAUCCACCGCCACCGCCGUCUGCUUCUCAUCUGCGCCUGCGCGAGCUGCACAGCUGGUGGUGGGGAGGGGGCAAGAGCUCAAGUAGGGCAGGAGCCGCAUGCAGUUUGCAGAAGCUGUUUGCUGUAGAAGAAGAGUUUGAAGAUGAGGAUUUUUUGUCAGCAGUGGAGGAUGCAGAGAACCAGUUUGCUGGCUCACUGCCUGUGAAUGCUGGAUGCCUGAGAUCUGUCUUGUCCAGGUCACCGGCCAUGGUGCAGGCACAGUCUUCCACUGAGUGGACACUGUCACACCCCACUGGUCCUCCUGAGUCUGCUGUGCCAGCCCUGGGCCGCCGCCUCCCUAUCUCCAGCAUGUCCGAGGCUGUCAGGGGCCCUGUUUCCACAGACACAGCACCUCUAAGGCCUAUCUCAACUUCUGGCAGCUGUUCUGGCAACCAGAGAAGAGUAGAAGUACUCAACAGGCUGGCGAGACCCCAGUCGUCAGCCCCCUGCCCCCUGCCCCCCUUGGAGAAUCAACAGCAGCUGGUUGGUGGCCUUGAAGGGCCUGGGCAAGAUGAAUUUGAUCAGGUCCUGGCAAGCAUGGAGCUGGAGGGACCUGGCACAGAGCUGGAACUUGGACUUAGCAGUGAGGCCACAGGAACCCUGCCCACCUGGCAGGGAGAGGACCUGACACUGGCCAAAAAGGCCCGGGUAGCUGAGCUGAGCAGGUCCUGCCCAAAAGGACCUAUGCUUGCCCUGCACAGUAGGCACCAUGGCCUCGCUUCAGUCCAGGGCCAGCCUUUGGAUACAGCUGUCCAUUGCAGGACUCCACAGCGCCACUUGAGACCCGGUGCCAUAGGUAACCGUAAUCUCCCAGCUGCUUCAUCAGUCCCCACGCAACAAGGCCGCUGGGGAGUCAGUGCCAAAGGCCCCCCUCUCCCAGCACCCCAGCCUCUCGAAACUGCUGGAAGUCCUAUUCAGUGCAGCCCUCAGAACCGUUUCUCCCGUCAGCCCCUCCAGUCAUCAAGGGCCUGCCUAAGUGGCAAACCUCGAUUUCCUGGACCACGAACUCCCAGCUUGGCCUGUUCUGCCUCUUCAAGGACUCACUUUGGGUUCUCUCCACGGGGCCUCUUAGAGCCCCAGGCUCCAGCGGCUUCUGCUGCUCUGCAGACACCUCUAGUCACCAACCACCUGGUGCAGCUGGUCACUGCUACCAACCGCACGCCGCAGCCACAUGCCCGCACCGCCACCCCGGCCAAAGCCCGCCGCUUCCCCGGCCCAGCAGGGCUCCUGCCACACCAGCACAGUGGGAAAAAUCUGGAAGAGAUCAUGGUUUCCACGCCCCAGACUCCAGCCCACGGUGCUCUGGCUAAGUUGCGGACAGAGGUUGUUGCUAGUUCCCAGACGUCAUUAGAGGAUGAUUUUGGGCGAGGGCCCUGGCUGACCAUGAAGUCUUCUCUGGGCCUGGAUGAGAGAGACCCCUCAUGCUUCCUCUGCACCUAUAGCAUCAUCAUGGUGCUGCGGAAGGCCGCCCUAAAGCAGCUGCCCAGGAACAAGGUCCCCAAGAUGGCAGUGAUGAUUAAGUCCCUGACCCGGAGCACGAUGGACGCCAGUGUGGUUUUCAAGGACCCCACAGGGGAGAUGCAGGGAACAAUACACAGGGUGCUGCUGGAGACACGCCAGAAUGAGCUGAAGCCGGGCUCAGUGCUGCUGCUGAAGCAGAUUGGGGUGUUUUCUCCUUCCCUCCGUAACCACUACCUCAACGUGACACCCAACAACCUGGUCCAUAUUUACAGCCCAGAUUCUGGGGACGGAAACUUCCUCAAGUCAUCUGAGCCCCUCCCCCAGGAGCUGGGAAGUUUCCAUGGCAACCUGCAGCGUGCUUUCGAUGGCAAGUCCAAUGAAGACCUGAGAACAGCACAGAACCCAGAGGCCAGCGAGCCACCUGAGGAAGAGCUUUCAGAAGCAGAUGACCUGGAUGGACUCCUGAGUGAGCUGCCGGAGGACUUCUUCUCUGGGACCAGUAGCUGGAACUGCCCCAAAGCAGGACACCCGCUCUGA